ACUAUCUUGAGGGGUCACAGUUCACUGGCAACCGCCGCCACAUCGAGACCUGAGGAUCGCGACAGUCAUGAGCAAAGGUCUGAACGCGCACCACCAGCAAGAGAUCUCCAAGUUCCUCAAGUUCUUUCGAUCGCGGCUGGCAACGCAUAUCGAGAACAUCGACGCCGAAUUCGAAGACACGCUCUCGGACAGACUCUCAUCCGAUGACGUGUACAGUCAGAAAGAUGUGACGGACGUCCUGAAAUCGCUGAGUUUUGCAGUCAAGGCCAAUGCGAGAAGCGAAUUGCAGGACACGAUCAACAUGACGGCCCUUCUCCUCCGCCAAGUGUUCCACGAAGCUCAAGACAACCGCCUCAACAUCGAGUUGGAUACUGGCAUUGUAGAAGACAAGGACAUGCUGGAGAAGGUGGAGCGUAUGUCGGUGGCGGAGUGGGCGGCCGACGAGCGGCGACCGGAUGGCAAGAAACAACCGACCAAACCAUCUCGGCACCACGACGAAGAGUUUGAAGUCUUGGAGAAGGACAACCACAGCCUUCGGCUUCGCGUGGAGCAGCUCCAGAAGGACGUGGCCAAGGCGGCCAAGGACAAGCAGCGCGCGCAGGACGACAUGGACGAGCUGCGACAGGCGGCGCACGCGUCUCGGCACGUGGACGCCCUCGAGAAGGAGCUCCGCGAGUCCCGUGACAUCAUCGCAGACUACGAGCGCAGUGCCAAAGAGGCGAACCAGCACAUUACGCAAACCAAGCAGUUCCAACAGCUCAAGAAAAUGGUCGGCCAAAAGAACGACGCGCUCAAGGCAUUGCGGAAGCGGUUGCUCAAGUUCGAACCGGAUGCCGACAUUGACGAUGUCGACGACGACGACGAGUAAUCGACUUGUGGUCAUGACAAACACUGCAUAACAACGUUAUAUACUAGGACAACUAGUAGUUAGUACCCACCCAAGUUUAAAAAUAUAUAAAUAUAUAUCUGUUGGGAUUAA